UGCGUUCGUUAUUUCGUUACACAAUUCCAUGGAUUGGUCCAUCCACCAGACAGACACCAGCAACCAAGCAUACUAUGGGUUCAAAACUGAGGCGCACACACACACACACAUAAGACGUAUGUGUCACGGACGCAAACCAUGACCUGUACAACGACACGACACGACACGACAGGCACACAGAGACACCUACGUGCACAGAGAGGUAGACAGACAGAGGUAGGGUAGGCGGGUGUCCCUUCGGGCUGCAUAGGUAGCAUCAUCAGCUCGUCCACACACAGACAUACACACAUACACAGGCAUAUAUGUAUGAAUUCACGGUGACCACGCACUAAAUCAAUCGCUUCAAACAGCUGAGAAAAGCGAUCGAAGCUGUCGGGGAGAUCGCCAACCUUUCGACGGCCCCUGUCCUUCAGAGAUAGGAUGAAAAGGAAACCCCCCAAAGCAGAAGAGACACCAGCAGCCACGCUAAGAGCCAAGAAGGAAUGAGGUAUGUCGGUCGCGAGCAGCUGUCUACCCCCAUCUCUGUAGGCUUCUCUUCACCGCUCAUGUCCCCCCCUCUUAGCCAUCGUGUGGACAGCAAUGCACCCACACAUUGCUGACGAGGGCUGAAAGGAGGGCGGGAGAGCGGUGAAGAUGCGCCAAGAGACGUUGGCAAUCUACACAUACGGCACCAUCGCACGACUAAGCGGUCGCUGGCUGUCUGUCUGUCUGUCUGUCCAACUCUCCGCCCGCCCGUUAAUCAACACGGACAGACCCCCUCCGACACCACCACGCCGGCCCCGACGGGCGGAGCAGCCACACACUCGCCCCCAGCCACACACGACACCCCAUUAACCAUCUUCAUCCCAUUCACGUACGCCUUCCCACGCCCAACGCUGCCGCCGCCCUCGUCGAUCCGCUUGGCGCCUGGUGGAUGGGUGUGGUGCCAGUAGUGCGGGUGCGUCUCCUUCUUCUUGAGGGUCGCACCGCGCACACCAGCAGAUGAGGGCAUGGCCACCAUCCCCGACGCCUCGAUCCGCCUCUCUGUCGCGCUGUCGACCUCCCGACUCUGCUGCUGCUGCUGGUGGUGACUGGGCUGGUGCUGAUUGUGGUGGGGUGGGUGCUGAUGGCAAUCGUGGAAGAUCUCCUGCUGCUCCCUGUCCUUGCGAUUGUCUUGGUCCUGGUUGUGCUCGCGCGGUGUGGUGUGCGUGGGGGGCGGGGGCGGAGGCGGGGGAGGGGGCGCAGGCUGCUUGGUGCUGGUGCGGAGUGAGAGGAUGUGCCUGACGUCUUUGGUCUUGCGGACGGCGAGCAGGAGGGGUAUGAGAUCCAGGAGGGCCCUGUCGUCGCGCUGGCCCCACCACCCCUGGAUGGGGAGCGCGUUCUCUGAGGAAUGAACAGAUGGAUGGAUGGACACGUGGAUGGAUGGACGGGCCUCAUGUUGGUGCAGUGCAGGGGCUGUUGUGUUGUGUUGUGUUGUGUGUAUACCUACCUGGGAAUUUGGAGUAUGCGAUUGGCGAGUCGUCGACCAGGAUGACGCGAGACAGCUCGUGGCGCACAAUACGCAGAUCCUGAGGCAACGAAACAAACGGUUAACGAUGGACGAGAGAGUGGAUGGAUGAAUGCAUCGCAUAUAUCAACGACAGAGAGCAAGCUCAGCUCGCCUUGGCUUGGCAUACCUACCUUGACAAACUGCCCAUUGUCGUUCUGCACACAGCUGUCCCUGCACGGCACACAUGCAGAGCAGACACACAGACACAGGCGGUCACUGCACUGCACUGCUGGUCUGUCUGUCAGUCGUGCUGGGUGUGUGGUCUGGUCUGGUCUGGUCUGGUCUGGCUGACCUGAAGAAUCGCUUGUCGACGUAUGUGUGAAGGUCCAGCUGGUCGAUGAUUGCGUCAGCAUACUCCUGCCGACCCGCUGUGUACACAACGAUCUCGUAAACCGGGUACAUCUCCGCGAGAAACCUCAUCAAGUGCGGCCUCCUGGCCACGCGGAAGGUGGCGACCCUCUCGUCCACGCGCACAUCCACCUUGACCGUCCGCACAGCCACCUCACGGAGGUCGUUGUGCCCGCUCACACCAUUGCCCCAGAUAAUGAUCUCCCGACCGCCAUUGGCACCGCCCGUCCCGCCCGCAGAAGAGCGCCGCGUGCGGCGUCGCUCGCGCGUUGAGGUGGCACGGUCAGGCGGCGCGUCGGAUGGCGGGGAAGGGGCCGUGUGUGUGCGGGGCGACGGGUCCUGAUGUGAUGACACACAUAGACAGACAGACAGACAGACACAUGCAGUGCAGUGCAGUGAGUGCGUUUGCUGAGCGAGCUGCAUGGCGGACAUACCGGCAGUUUGACGGCAUGGAUGAGGGUCUCGUCCAAAUCUAGGACCAGGGUCAUCGACGGCCGCACCCUUCGGCCGCUAUCGAGCCUCCUGACGUGAUGGCCGCCCACCAGGCGGCCGUACGAUACAGGUCCUCCCCUAAGCAGCGUCACCAGAUGGCCUGCAAGAGAACGGGGAAAAGAUAUCAACAGGUGUGAGAUGUCUGUCAGUUGCUCCUCAUCAUCGUCGGAACGCAGCGGACCUGGGAGAGACUCGACGGCAGCCAGGAAGCUCCACACAUAGCGAAGGAGAGAGCGGGUGAAAUUGAUGAGGUGCCUGAAGCGGAAGCGCAGGCGAGCCAUCAGCUGAGUGCCGCCACCGGCCAUCAGCCGCAUGUCAGCGAGAGCUCGGGAAUACCGAGCUCGAAAGAAUACCAGUGCGAUGCCUCAGUUGUCAAUGCACUUCAUGCCGUCA